CAAAUGAAGCGACUAAGUGAAUUGUACCCACUUAACUGAAUAAAUUCAGCGAUUACUAAGCAGAAAUGUUCCUCUAAAGUGAACUUAAAAGUGGAUUGGCGAUCUAGUCAAAAUAUCCCAAUAUGUUUGUGUUGUUUGUGACGCAGUUAAAGCCACUCCAGUCGCUUCCUUCAUGUCGGCUUACACUUUCCUCCUCCUAAAGUCCUUAAAAAGAUUUGCUAUAAUCAGCUAUUUCUGACAAACAAUGGAUACGCGCCGUGCGUCAGUUUGGACAGGAAACCUUGGCUUCCACCCGCAGGAACACACACACACACACACAAAAAAAAAACAAUGUAGAGCCAACUAAAAACAUCAGUGCUUUUCACUAUGCUUGAAACGAAUCAGGAGUACAGAAAUCCCGCAGUUCUAAAAGCAAUAUUGGAAUAGCAGGUUCUGUCUUGACGCUGCACCGCUGUGCAGCUCCAGGUGCUGCAGAGACUUGAGAAUUUAGACUGUUUGCGCAGAAUGAUGAAAGCCCAGGCUGAUGGUACCGCUCUGUUCAUCCAACAGACCAUUAAAUGCGUCCGAUGGCUCGAAAGAAGUAACCACGACAGAGUACAGCGGAGGAGAUCCACCACCCGUGGUAGGUGUUUCAGCGCAAACACCCAGUUCGAACUACGGCGGCGAGCGGAGCUUUUCACAACCGGGAGCCGGAGGAGGAGAGCCGGGCUCGCCGUCUUGGUACAGAAACCCAACCAGCUUAGUUUGGGGCAGACCAACUUUCCAUUUUCCACUCUUCCGCCGUUCAUCCAGUGGAUAUUUCUCCUCUGACAGCGAGUCGUCGCCGAGCUCCCCGCUCUUCACAAAGCCAGUGACGGCUGACAAAGCCACGCAGACUCCGAGCCCUGCCAGCCAGGUGAUGAACCACGCCCUGCAGCGAAUGGCUGAUGAGGCGCACGGCGGAGGACCUGGAACACACCGUCAGCACGGGCUCUCUCCCAACCCCUCUAGCACGCAGCAAAACACAGCAGGGGUCAUGCAGGCAGAGGCAUUCGGGCGACAACUCCGGGCAAUUGGGGAUGACUACAACAGACUGCUCAUGCAAAGGAGGUUGGCAGACAGACGAAGGUGGGAUGUGAUCCCUCUGAACCUCCUUCCACACAUCCACCAGGAGCCCGUUGCUGUGUUCUGUGUGGGCCUCCUUCUCCUCCUGAUGGGACGUUUUAUCUACUUGCAAGGCAGUACAAACAGCCGAGACCACUCUCAGGUUUAGCCUUGGGAAAACCCAGCAGACGUAGCAAAAUUUUCUUUUUUGUUGUUUUUUUCUUUGUUAUGGGGGAUUUGGGGAUCUUUCACUUUUUGGACUAUGAUUUUGUUUCAGGAAGAAACUCUAAACUGCUUGGAUGUUUAUUUCUGCAUCAUUAUUUUUCCAGUGGGGUGUUUGAGCCAUCAUCCAACCAAAGAGGCAAGAUUUUGCACUUCUUACUAGCACAUGAUUAGUUGUUUCAACUAAAAAUGCUGCUGCAAAAUUACGCCUAUGUAAAAUGUGCCUUUUUAUAAUUUCUUGCAUACAUUUUUUUUAAGCUUUUUUCAAGACCUGUUGUUAUUUUUAUUGUACAUUGAUAUUAUCAGUUGAUCAACUCCUCCAAUCCAGGGAUGUAAAAGUCCAGGGCCCAGUUAUGUUUCUGACGCUUAUGUUUCUGAUGCAGGUGUAAAAAAAUUCACACCAGCGUUUUAAGCCACAAAAAAAGAACUGUAUUGGAUAUAUUUGAGUACUAACUGAAAAAAGUAUUAAGAUUUAAUGAGAGAGAUUAAAUUGCUUCUGUAACUAAAGGUUUUGUUGGUCCACUGAAACAAUAUUCUGUGAUGUGAAGUAGGUAAUCAGCAAUAAUGCUUUAUGCUCUGGGUGGCUUCCAUGGCAUUGAAAUAUCUGUCAUCUGGAUUAUGAAUCCUUAAAGGUACUUUAAUGCACCAGGUAUUUUUAAUAUACAACAUUUAUAUUAAGGCUUUUAUUAAAAAUUUCCAUUAAAUUUAGCUGAAGGUUACACAUAUUUCAUGGCUACAUGGUUUUGAAUAUAAAUUGCAACUCAAUAACAUGUAAACUUGCUCCAACAAUUGUUCCAGUUUGCAUUUGGACCUAGAUUUUCAGUAUUAGUGUUACCAGCAAAAAUUAAAUGUGUGGGACUUAAAAAAGACAGCAAUAGAAGAAAAGCAUUAUUGGUUCCUCCUUUUAUUAAAUCCAGCAUUAAAAAAAAAACGAUUUGCACAUUGAUGGAAAAAUGUUGGUGCUUGUUACUCCACUUCUUAAUGCAAUAACACAAUCCGACUACCUGUUACUAAGCUGCUCCGUUAGCAGAGUGACAUUCAAGAACAGUGAAAUCAUGUUGGUCAUUUUAACCAGUAAAUAGUGUCAUGGUUUUUGCUGUCCAAUUUAUUUUCCAAUGUUUUAGUUUUUGUAAAAUAACUGAUCAAACUGUACGUCUUCCAACCUCUCAUUUCACAAUUAGCACAAUUAAAAGUAGCUGUCAAGGUUUGGUUUAUUAACAAGGUCAUGUUUUUCUAUUUGCUAACAUCAUAAUUCCAACUUGGCCAAGUUUCUGCACGCUUGCCAACUCAUUAAACACUCAGAGAGCUUCCUGGACACCAACCAAAACAUGACUAAUGCAGAGUGAAAGGGUGUUGAUUUCACUGUCUGGUUGGCUAACAAGAACAUAAGAAACAGUGGGGAUACAGGUGUCAGAUUAAGUUUAUUUUUCCAUAUCUGUGACCAAAAACAUUAUUUUUACUAUCCUGGAGAGAAUUAUAAAGAGUAGGCCGAUGUGUUUAUUUUGUUAUUUCAGUCUUGCUUUGAUAUUCCUAAAAUGCAUGUUACCACUUAUGCCUAAUUGAAAUUAAACCAGAACAAUGACAAGACAACAAAAAGUAUCAAAUAUCUUUUCAUUUGGAUUGUCAUUAGCAUUUCUUUAGAUUCAUGGAGGACUGAUUUUAACUGAUUAGUUUAUAACGAAUUUAUGUUAAUGAAUGCACUGUUGUAAACAAAAAUUAUGCAAGAAAAUGGUAGGUUUAUCUAAUUCCACAAAUGAUCUAUUUACUGAAAUAAGCAUGAAAUCAAAUUAAAGUAGUUUGUUCAAUGUGAAUGAAAUGGGAAAACUGCCACUAUAGCUGUGGUUCAGAAGUGUUUUAAAGUGUAUUUUCCAGGUUUUUCAGAGGUGAUAACUACUCCGCUUGAUUGCCCCAAAGCAGCGCUUUUUCACUUCCUAGAGCUUUUUUGCUGAAUUGUCCCAAGUAGUGAAGGAGACAGUCCAAAAUGCUGGGUUGGGAUUUCUUAUGCUCUGCUCACUGAGACAUGCAGAAGUGAAAAGAAAGCAUUGUAUUGUAAAAGUCCACUGAUGCAGUGUGAAAACUGACCAAAGACUUUUGUGCACAACUCUUGUUUUCGAUGUUGGUUUGGAUGGUACAAGAGACGUGUUUACAGAUGCGAUGUUGAAGUUUAUCCUUACUGUUUUGAUUUCUAACAAACUCCAAUUAGCUGUUAAGACGAGCUGCUCCAACCCAUCUGAAAAAUACAACAUUUUUCAAGUAACAACCCAGUCGCACAAAUGAAUGUGUAAUAGCUAUUUUGGUCCACAACUACCUAGGUCUAUCAAAGCUUCACAUUAAAGGGUCAGAAGCUGUGCAAUGAUGCAUCUUCCAGACUCAAUUCUCUUUUGCUUGCGUGUUGUUGUGUUACUACAUCACCACUUAUCUGCAUUGCCACCUGAAGAAGUUUUUUUUUUUUUACAUUUCAUAGUGUUGGGUUGGUAAACCUAGAGCAGGAGGAGUGGAAGUUGCUGUUAGCCUCCUUAUUCCCAUCUCAAAGACAAUUUUUUAUCAAUCUGAGGAACGGUUUCUACUUUGUUAGGAGUUAAUGGUUACAGUUAAAAUGAAUUUACACACUUAAGUUUACAUAUUUACAAAAUGAUUAGGGGUAGACAGUAAACAUGAACAAGGCUCACAUUUUUUAAUGUUCAUGGACCAGGCUUAAUUAACUGUGAUCAACAGUCUAUGGAUGCAUUCCCAUCUCAUUAGUGGCACUACUACAUUUUGGAGUUGUGGACAAGUGUGUUUAUUAUUCAUUUAUAUGUGUGGCUGGGCUGCUAGUGACGACAAUAUAUCAGAAAGUUAUAGACUUGGAGAAUUUAUUAGAGUGAAUAAAAUCAACAGAUAAAUCAAAUUUUGUCCUGGAAUAAUUCACAGUGAUCAAACUCUAAUAUCAAUCAAAUCAAUCAAACUAAUUAAUAGAUUCAACAUCCAAGAACUGCAACAUGUUGUAAAGCCUCCUGGAGCCCAUUAGAGUCAGAAGGUACAAGGAACUUAUGCUAAAUUGGCUGCUGCUGGUUGUUUACCACAAAGGAAGAGAAAAUAGUCAUAAAGAAAUGCAAAACAACCACAGAGAUCUGCUAGUGAUGUUCAGCAUGAAACUAAAAAAAAGUGGAAACUUCUUGUAUCAUUUCAUCCACAUUCAUUUUGACCACACAAUAUUACACUACUUUCUGUUUCUGGUUUUCUACUUAUUUUCACGUCAAAAACCUAUCAAAACAUGUUACUAUUCUGACAUGUCACCAGUGUCCAAUGCACAAACCUGUUCUAUUUUGCACCAGAAUUUAGCCGCUUAGCUUUUACCCCGCUAUGACACUGAGAGCACUGUGACUGCAUGUUUUUGAUAUUGUGCCAUGUGAAACCUACAACCUCAUUUUGAAGUACUGUAUUACAGCCAGAGUGCGAGUUGGAAGCAUGGCAGGGAGGAAACUGAGAGAUGAAUUACCGCCUUCUGAAACUGAUAUGGAAACCUAGUAAUGUGCUGAUUCUUCACCUAUAAUCUGAAGGCGUUAGAGCACAGAAACACUUGUGUGACAUUCAGGGUUUUCUUGACUUGCAUCAACACUGCUGGAGCUGCUUUGCGCUGCCAUUUUUUCUAUUUGUUUUGCCUUUUAGGAUCCGUAGCAAGUCACACAAAGACUUUAAUCUACAAUCAGGUAAAAAAAAAAGUGUGCUGAACAUUGUUUUUUAUAUACACAUAUAUAUUUGAACAAACAAACAUUUGAUCCUCGGUGACACACUGCUGACGUAUAAAGGUACAUAAUACUGUGCACAAGUCUUGAGCCACCCCUUGUUUCUUCGUAUAGCCAGGAAAAUGGCAAUCUGGUGUAUUCAUUUACUGAGAGAUACAAACAUAAAUGGAAAUACUGUAAAAAAAAGACAAAAAAACAAAUUUGUACAGUCCUGAUAUUCAGUAUUAGGUACAACCAUCCUUUUCUUGCCUGAACCUGAACCCUCUUAGACAACCUUUCGUAUAAUUUCUUUGAAGUCUUUGUAAAUAGUUCUUCAGGGCUCUUGAAUUACAUUUCAAAGCUCCUUUUUUUUGGAUGUUUGCUGCUUUUUUUUUUUUCACUCUCCAUCAAAAUGAUCCUACACUUCUUCAAUAGUGUUGAGAUCUGCGCUCAGGGGAGAAGUCAUUCCUCCAUAAGACCUGUUGCCACUGAUUUUCAGUUCAGUUCUUGUGUCAUUUGGCAUACCUCAGCCUUUUCUCCCUGCUUCCGUUCCUUAAGGGUAGCAUCUUGACAGCCACUCUUCCAUUGAUAUGAUUUCUGAUCAGGCUUCAACAAACUUUAAACCAUGCUGAUACAUCCCAGUUAUUGGCUAAUAGCUAUUUGGGAAUCACCAAAGUGCCUAAAGAUCCAUUUGAAAUAAAUUAGGUUAUCAACUCAGUAGUAUGUUAUGUGUAGACUCAACACUGGUUCAUCCAUUGAGUUUGGUGCCUUUUAUUUAUUGCUGAAAUUAUUUAUAAGUCAGGGGUUAGUAGCUUAACAAACAAAAUUAAAAUAAUAUAAACAAAACACAUCUCUGAAAAUGUUUAGGUACCAGGACUGGAGUGAAAAAAGUGAAGAUUAGCCAAUGUCCAAUGGAAAACUUUAACGGUUUCUAAGGAAGCCUGGAGAACUAUUGCUCAAGCUUAUCAUCAUCAAGAUUACAUCUCACUCCUUGAUUUUCUUUAACAACGAAGGGUGGCUCAAAGCUUUUGUAGGCCACUGUGUACUUGAGCAAUACCACAAUGGAAACUGCCUUUUCAAUUUUUCAUCCAACAAAAAUAACAGAUGUAAUGUUCUUUGGUGGUAAUAAAGCACAUCUAGGAUCAGCAUUUCCCUUUGGAAAAUUUCUACUUUUUCACCCAGUUAUUAACAUAGAAGGUUUUUAUUAUUAUUAUUAUUAUUAUUUUCUUUAUGUUUCACUGAAAUGACUAAAUGUAAGAUGUCUCAGAGAAACCUGAGUCAGUUCUGCUUUUGCUGCAAACGCUGUACAGGAAUGCAUCUGUCGACGCCAUAUGCAAGAGCUGAAAAAAACCAAAAUAAAAAAUAAAAAAACAAAACAAAACAUGGAAUGACUCCAGAUGACCCAGUUCAACUGUAGCAAUGUGUCAUUUUGUUUUUAUUGUAUCUAUACACUGAAAUGCUGUAAUAUUGCCCAUUAAAAUUUGGUUAAUGCUUGCUGUAAAGGUUAUACAUCUUUUUGAUAAAUGAUUCACUGUACGAUGUGUAUGUUUUCAAUAAAAACUUUAUUAUUUUA